AUGAAGCUCGAAGGGGACGAAUUGAAGAAGCUGCUUGCCGAUGAAGAAAAAUUGAAAAAUGAUCUUAGUAAUAAACUCGAUUCAAUGGAAAUAGAAAUGGAAAAGUUACGUAACGAAAAUUUAAAUCUCGCCAAUCAAUUGGAAGAAUUACGUAGGGAGAAAGAGAGGCAUGAGAAGGCUGAGGAAGAAAUUAAACAUUUUGAAAGUGAACUUGAUUCAGCGAGGACUCAGAAGGAGAAGACUGAAAACGAAAAGGCAACAUUAGCCGAGGAACUCGCGAAACUCGGCGAAAAGAACGAUAAAUUAAUGGCAGAAAACGAGUCACUCAGGAGAAAAAUAGAAGAGGUCGAUGGCUCACUCGAGGCGUUGAAUAAAUGUAAAGAGGAAAAUAAUAGUUUGAGAGGUAGGAUAAACGAGUUGGAGUCUAUAAAUAAUGCAUCGAAGGAAGAGAGUGAACGAGCAAAGGCGGAUGCUGAGAGGAUAAAGAACGAGAGUAUAGCGAUGAAGGACGCUCUUGAUAAAAUGAUAGAGGAGUUGGAUAAACUUAAAGAUGAAAAUGAACGGUUGAAAAUGCAAAACGAGGAGAAAAGUCAGUUUAAGCCCGAACUAGAAAAUUUGAGGUCUGCUAGUGAGACUCUCAGAAAAGAAUCAGAAACGUUAAAGGCAAAGUUAGACGAAACAUUGGAUGAGUUAAACGCUGAGAAAUCGGCAAGAAGUAACACUGAGGCAGAAUUGAUGGCUCUGAAGAACGAGUUAAAGAAUUUGCUCGCUAAGAUUGACGAAUUGAAACGAGAAAACGAAGAUCUCAAAGAAGAAAAGGGAGAGCUGAAGAAGACGCUCUUGAAGUUUGAUGAUGAUUUGUCAAAAGUGAAGAACGCCAAUUGGGAUUUGAAUAAAGAAAACGAAACAUUGAAUAAUCGAAUAACUGAUUUGGAGGCAAAAAUUACUAAAUUAGAGGAAGAAGUUGAUCAUUGGGAAACGGAGAAUUGUAAAAUCAAUUUAAAUGUUGAUAAGUUGAAGGAGAACUUGGAGAAAAUGACGAAAGAUUCGGUCGAAUGUCAGGUAUCUAAGAAAUUAUUGGAACAACAAGUGUUUCAAUUGGAGGAGGAAAAUUCGAAACUUCAGAAAUACAAUGAAGACAUACUGUCCCAACUGGAUCAUCUGAAGAAGUCUCAUGGAGUCGACAAGUCAUCGAAAGAAGAGUGCUUAAAGGAUCUCAGUAACAUAAGGGAGGAGAAUAUCAGUCUGAAGGAUGAGCUAACAGCAUUGAAGGCCGAAUUAUCGAAACUUAGAAACGAGAACAAAGAUCUGAAAACUUCGCUCGAAGAUACUUUGAAACGGUUGACGUCGGCCGAUGCUGAAAUAGAACAGCAAAAGGCUGAGAUCUCAACACUGAGAACUGAGAAUACUUCGAUGAAAGGGGAAGUUGCGGGAUUGAAGGCCGAAAAGGAGAAAUUCUCGGUAGAAGCAGCCAAGUUAGAAGCGGAUUUGGCGAGGUUGCAAAACGAGAACGACAACAUAAAGGCCAACCAACAGAAGCUAGAGGUAGAUUACGGUAAAGUUCGAGGUCAGGAAGAUGAGCAAAAGAUCGAGAUCGAUAAACUGAAGUCUCAGUUAGCCGAGGAAAGAUCGAACAUCGAUAAACUGAAAGCAGACUUAUCUUCUUGUCAGAAAGAAAACGAUGAAAUAAAGGCGGAGUUGAAAAGAAUAAAAGAAGAGAAGGAAAAGUUAAAAGAUCAAUUAGAAUCAGGUAAACAAAUUUUAUUAGACACGACAAGUAAAUCGCAGACUGUAGAAGACAAAAUAUCUGAGAUGGAAAAAGAGAAAGUUAGUCUCCUCGAAGAGUUGAAAGAUCUAAGGCCGCAGAUCAAUAAACUCGAAGGACAAUUGGACGACGAAAAAAAUGCUAAGGAAACUGCGAUAAAAGAUUCUCUCGCUUGCAAGGAAGAAUUGGCUGCAUUAAAAGAGGAAUUGGCAAAACUGCGCGCCGAAACGGGAAAAUUGCAAGCUGAAGCGGACACAUUGAAAACCCAUGCAAUCGAUGAGAGUAAGCUAAGAGAGGAAACUGCAAUAAAAGAUUCUCUCGCUUGCAAGGAAGAAUUGGCUGCAUUAAAAGAGGAAUUGGCAAGAGUGCGUGCCGAAACGGGAAAAUUGCAAGCUGAAGCGGACACAUUGAGACCCGAUGCAAUCGAUGAGAGUAAGCUGAGAGAGGAAACUGCAAUAAAAGAUUCUCUCGCUUGCAAGGAAGAAUUGGUUGCAUUGAAAGAGGAAUUGACCAAACUACGUGCCGAAAUGGAAAAAUUGCAAGCUGAAGGGGUCACGUUGAAAACCCCUGAAGACGAUAUUAGUAAGCUGCUCAAAAAUAAAAUUAAAAAAGAAGAAGAGUUGGAAUCGGACAAUGAGAAAUUGAAGAAAGAUCUUGCAGAGAGUAACAAAAUGAAGGAUGAUGCGUUGAAGGAAAUAGAAACUCAACGAGAUCUUAUUGCUGAGUUGGAGAAAAAAUUAGACCAAUGUGAAAAAGAGACGGAAAAAUUAAAAUUGGAGAAUGACAGUUUGAAGAAUGAUAUUAGUAAGGCACGUGAUAAUCUCAAAGCAUUGGACACGGAUUAUCGUCAAUUGAGGACAAAGAUGACGGAUGAUUUAGGUGUUUCAGAAAAAGAGAUAGAUCGAUUACUAUCGAAGUCGAAGCUUGAGUUAGAAGACAAACCGAUGAUUCUGGAUGAUGGUGAUUUUAUAGUUCCGAUCAAAGCGUUGAAGGAAAAAUUAGAACAACAGAACAAUGGUGUAAAUCGUUUGAGGGAUUACGUUACGUAUUUAACUGGAAAAGUGAAAGAAAAGCCGAAAAUGAUUUCGGCCUUAGAAGAGGACGAUGAUUUUGCUCGAAGUUUAAUUCCACCUUUCGAUGGGUUACUUCCGAUUUCCUAUGAACUGUGCAAUAAUAUUUACCGUGCCGAAAUCGAGAUACAGGAAUUGGAUGAUCUACGAAAACCUACGAUAGAGGAUGAAGUUUUGAAACUGAGAUUUUUGGAAGACGAAGUUCCCGAAGACGCGAAGAAGUCACCGGUUGAUGUCGAUGAUUGGUUAAAAUCAUUGACAUUAACAGAAAUGGCAGAUCUUCACGAUAAAAUUUGUUUACUAACGUCGAGUAUAGUUCGUGACGAUCAAGAUGCACCAAGCUGCAGUACAACUUUUACUGUACAAAGUCCUUCUCAAGAAAAUUAUGAUGUUUUGAACAAAAGAAUUGCAGCGCUGCAAAGGCAAAUAACCGAGAAACAAAUGGAGGCAUCUUGGAAGCUGCAGGAAUUGAAGAAGGCUCUUCGUCUCGAGCAAGUGAAUCUUAUACGAAUAUCCGACGAAAUGAAUUUAGAGAGAAAACGAAAUCUGGCUCUACAACUCACUAUGGAUGAUGGCAUCCUAACUUCGAACGAGUUUUCGAAUUAGAACAUAUUUAUGUUCAGUGUAUUGUUGUUACUGUUUGUGCCGUUGUAUUACCGGUAUAAUUUCGAUUAAAUAAAUGUCAUGACUCUUCCGAAAUGAU